AUGCUUCAACUUUACACAACUCUCACUUUGCUUCACCUUUUCUCUCUGCAAACACUAUUUUCCCCUUUUUAUUUUCUCCCAUUUCCAUCACUUUCUCUUCUUCUUCAUCUUCUUCUUCUUCUUCUUCUUCAUCUUCCACUUCACACUACAACACAAGUUAAUGAAAAAAAAAAAACACAGUGAAAACAUGCACCCUUUUAGCUUCUAUCUCACUACCAAUACACAUCCUCUUCACUUCUUUUCUACAACACAAUAAAAAACCCUAACAACAUCUUCAUUUCUAGAUACACACAUAUAUAUAUAGCAGGUGGGUUGGUGGUGGAUCCUUCUACUUCAACCUCCCACCACAAAGUCAACAAGAUCCCACUCAAAUCCAAAUCACCAACCAUCAGAUCUUUACAAUGGAGACCGUGCAAUCCCCAGUAACAACCACUGGUGGAGGCGGCGGCGGCGGCGGUAGUAGUAGUACUACUACUCCGAGUAGGUACGAGAACCAGAAGCGGCGAGACUGGAACACCUUCAGCCAGUAUCUGCGGAACCACCGGCCGCCGCUGACGGUGGCGAUGUGCAGUGGGGCGCACGUGCUGGAAUUCCUGCACUACCUGGACCAAUUCGGGAAGACGAAGGUGCACAACCCGACGUGCCCGUUCUUCGGGCUGCCUAACCCUCCGGCGCCGUGCCCCUGCCCGCUCCGCCAGGCCUGGGGCAGCCUGGACGCCCUCAUCGGCCGCCUCCGCGCCGCCUACGAGGAGAACGGCGGCAGAGCCGAAAGCAACCCGUUCGGCGCCCGCGCCGUGCGGCUGUACUUGCAUGAUGUUCGCGAGUUUCAGGCGAAGGCGAGAGGAGUGAGCUACGAGAAGAAGAGAAAGAGGCCAAAGUCCUCCACCAUCUCUAAUGCAACUCCUGUUACCACUUCCCCUAAUGCCACUGCUACUGCAACUUAGCUUCAUCACAUUCAAACCAUUUAUAUAAUUAUAAUAUCAUAUCAUCCAUCAUCAUCAUCAUUCCAUGCCCUCACAUGCAUAUCGUUUAUUAUCA